CUUUGCAGCCCAUCAUCAAGACUCUGUGCCUGGCCGCGUUUGAAGUUAUAAUCAGUUUGGUGUGAGGCAUAUUCGGAUGCAGUUGAGAGUUUUGCGGGUGACUUGUGAACAAGAAGAAAAUGUUGACAUAUAUAAAAAACGGGUCUCAUCUAUAAAAUAAUCAUGGAUUACGAAAUUUGGUGGAAGCGAAGACGAUAUGGUGGAACUGGGUGUUGAUGGAUGCCGUGACUAUUGGAUACACUCUGCAGGAGCAUGUUGCUCCUCUACCUGCUUUAUCCUGUGGUAUCCAGCCUAAAUUUUGCGGACGUUCGGAUACCACCCAGGAUGGAGGGGCCCUCGGAAUGGAGGGCCCCAACUUUACCUUUCGAUACAAACAUCGCUCUCAAUCUACUCAAUUUUGCCCAGCAGCUGCUCGCUGCUCCGAGGACCUGCUACUAUCAAGGCAACAGUUAUUCCUGUGGCCUGAGCAUCGGUUGCUGGUUCCAAGGCAAGAGAUCCCUCGAUCUCUGCAGCGGGGGUGUCGUCUGGUCAUGCUGUGUGCCAAAGAACGCCGAGCCAAACAAAGUGGCGAUCGUCAAAUCUGCCACUUGCGGCAAAACUUACAUCAGGGAUUCGAAAAUCGUCGGUGGAGAAAAUACGACUUUCGGGAAUCAACCCUGGCAUGUUGGCGUAAUCAAGAGGGCGCUGAUGUCGCAGAAGAUAGCCUGUGGUGGCGCACUCAUCCAUGAGAAAUGGGUCAUCACUGCAGCUCACUGUGUUUACAAGACCCCAGCAACAACGUUGCGAGUUCGUGUCGGGGAAUACAACAUUCGGGAAAACACUGAAGCCUUUCCACAUGAGGAAUACAGCGUCAAACGUAAAGUUGUGAAUGAAGACUACGAGCCAGCAACGUACAGGCACGAUAUAGCCUUGCUGGAGUUGUCGCAUCCUGUUGUGUACAGAAAGCACAUUGUUCCUAUCUGCUUGCCUGAGAAGCUGGAAAACUUUACGGGCAAGAUGGCUACCGUCACUGGCUGGGGAAGAACUAGCUAUGGUCGAAGAACUCCGCCAAAUAUUUUGCAAAAAGUAAACGUUGAGGUGAUAGGGACGGAUAUGUGCCAAGAAUGGCUUCGGAUCGCAGGCCGCAAAGAAACUGUGUAUCCUACAAUGGUUUGUGCUGGUUACAAAGAAGGAGGCAAAGAUUCGUGCCAAGGUGACUCCGGAGGCCCACUUACAAUUAGGGAAGAUGGAAGGACGACCCUCAUCGGGCUGGUAUCGUGGGGAGUCGGUUGUGCAAGGCCUCACUUACCUGGAGUGUACACAAAAAUUACCGAAUAUUUAGACUGGAUAAGAAUUCAUCUGAGAUCAUGACAUCUCAUUUCUUUAGAACAAUGCCUGUUCAAAUUCCGAUGCUGUUAGUAGGCUAUUAAGCACUGAAUUCCCAUUCUUCAGUCUAAACAUUAACUAUGGAGCGAGUUUUUUUUCUGGCAUAGCUCUUUGUUAUCAGAUCAUGGAGGAUUCACCAUUUGGUAAGACGGAGUCUUCAGCAUGUGAACUUUUAGCAGCGUGCAAGAACAGCAUGGUAUCAAAAUUUUCAUCCCUUGAAUCCACCUCAAAGUGUGAUCAUUACCUGUAUGAGCAUUUGUGGACUGUUGAGCACGAGUACGUCAGAAAAUGCUGGUGUUCCCUUCAGAGCAGAUACUGCAAAAGUCUCAGGUAUCAACAGCAGAACUUGUACAUUAUAACUGAAUUACAUAGACCGUCGAUAAACGGUAUCAUCUCUUGUUACAAAUUAUGAGUGCGUAAUGAAGAUUUAUGAGCUACUUUUGCUUCUAUAUUCUUCAUAAAAACUGUUAACGUACGUGUUAUAAAAUGUUUCAGCAUCAAUGACAAAUGACUUUUUAUUUAAAACAUUUAUUUACCAAUGUUAAGACAUUUCUUCCUCAUAUCAUUGGAUUCAUUAAACACUACGGAAUGUACUAUAUGAGAAAGACUGAUUCGUUAUGCUGUGAAGAGAAUCGUCAUUUGAAGCAUUAUAUAAUUUGAUCGCAAAUACUACUGAAAAAUUACAAGUUGCCAAAUAAUUUUCUUACUAUUGCGAGUAAAUAGUAACUACUGUAUAAGAAAGGCUUAUUUACGUACAAAGUGUUCGACAGAGGUGGCUAACGAUCUUGCAUAUUGAGCUUAAGUAUAUAAUGGCACAUAAAUUUAUUUGGAUUACACAUAACUCCUUACAUCAUUCCUUACUGAUCUCAAGCAUGUAAUUCCAAUUACAAAUUUCUUAACAUAAAGGAUAUGAUCAAAAUCGUAAAAAACAACCUUAUAUUUAGCGUAGGUAUAAUGAAACACUCAAUCGAUUUCGAGGGCAGCUAAAGGUCCCUCCUCGUCAGGAG